AUAAAAAGGCUUGCUCCGCGCGCUCUCCGGCAAGGAGCUGAGAAUCACUCGUGGAGUCCCGGUCUAGGCUACCGGGUCCCAAGGGCGCCAAGGCGUGGAGAUCCGGCGGGAGACGCAGAAUCAGAGCACGCCCGUUCCCCUGCUCGCAGCCGGCACAGCUAGAGCCACGAUCGCCGCGCGGCCAUGGAGCCCAGCAGCAAGAAGGUGACUGGCCGCCUCAUGCUGGCCGUUGGAGGGGCAGUGCUCGGAUCCCUGCAGUUUGGCUAUAACACUGGCGUCAUCAAUGCCCCCCAGAAGGUAAUUGAGGAGUUCUACAACCAGACAUGGGCCCACCGAUAUGGAGAACCCAUCCAGCCCACCACACUCACCACACUCUGGUCCCUCUCAGUGGCCAUCUUCUCCGUCGGGGGCAUGAUUGGUUCCUUCUCUGUGGGCCUUUUUGUUAAUCGCUUUGGCAGGCGGAACUCCAUGCUGAUGAUGAACCUUUUGGCCUUUGUGUCUGCCGUGCUCAUGGGCUUCUCCAAACUGGGCAAGUCUUUUGAGAUGCUGAUCCUGGGCCGCUUCAUCAUUGGAGUGUACUGUGGCCUGACCACUGGCUUUGUACCCAUGUAUGUGGGAGAGGUGUCACCCACAGCUCUUCGUGGAGCCCUAGGCACGCUGCACCAGCUCGGCAUCGUCGUUGGCAUCCUCAUUGCCCAGGUGUUCGGCUUGGACUCCAUCAUGGGCAAUGCAAAAUUGUGGCCUCUACUGCUCAGUGUCAUCUUCAUCCCAGCCCUGCUACAGUGCAUCCUGUUGCCCUUCUGCCCCGAGAGCCCCCGCUUCCUGCUCAUCAAUCGGAACGAGGAGAACCGGGCCAAGAGUGUGCUGAAGAAGCUUCGAGGGACAGCCGAUGUGACCCGAGACCUGCAGGAGAUGAAAGAAGAGGGUCGGCAGAUGAUGAGGGAGAAGAAGGUCACUAUCCUGGAGUUGUUCCGCUCUCCCGCCUACCGCCAGCCCAUCCUCAUUGCUGUGGUGCUGCAGCUGUCCCAGCAGCUGUCGGGCAUCAAUGCUGUGUUCUAUUACUCAACGAGCAUCUUCGAGAAGGCAGGUGUGCAGCAGCCUGUGUAUGCCACCAUCGGCUCCGGUAUCGUCAACACAGCCUUCACUGUGGUGUCGCUGUUUGUGGUAGAGCGAGCUGGACGGCGGACCCUGCACCUCAUUGGCCUGGCUGGCAUGGCAGGCUGUGCUGUACUCAUGACCAUCGCACUGGCCCUACUGGAACAACUGCCCUGGAUGUCCUAUCUGAGCAUUGUGGCCAUCUUUGGCUUUGUGGCCUUCUUUGAAGUAGGCCCUGGUCCCAUCCCAUGGUUCAUUGUGGCCGAGCUGUUCAGCCAGGGGCCCCGUCCUGCUGCUAUUGCUGUGGCUGGCUUCUCCAACUGGACCUCAAAUUUCAUCGUGGGCAUGUGCUUCCAGUAUGUGGAGCAACUGUGUGGUCCCUAUGUCUUCAUCAUCUUCACGGUGCUCCUGGUGCUCUUCUUCAUCUUCACCUACUUCAAAGUUCCCGAGACCAAAGGCCGGACCUUCGAUGAGAUCGCGUCUGGCUUCCGGCAGGGGGGUGCAAACCAAAGUGACAAGACACCUGAGGAGCUCUUCCACCCUCUGGGGGCCGACUCCCAAGUGUGAGGAGCCCCACACCCAGCCCGGCCUGCUCCCAGCAGCCCCAAGGAUCUCUGGAGCACAGGCAGCUAGAUGAGACCUCUUCCAAACGGACAGAUCUCAGGCGAGCCGGGCUCGGGCGCCUUUCUUCAGCCAGCAAAGAUGUCCAGAAGAAUAUUCAGGACUUGGAUGGCUCCAGAAUUUUAACGAAAGCAAGACUGUUGCUCAAAUCUGUUCAGAUAAGCAACAGGUUUUAUAAUUUUUUUUAUUACUGAUUUUGUUAUUUUUUUUUUAUCAGCCACUCUCCUAUCUUCACACCCUAGUCUUCACCUUGAAUGGCUCAGCGCCUGAGGGUGGGGACCGAGACUGUCCAGACACAUGCCUUCUUCGCCAAGCUAAUCUGUAGGGCUGGACCUAUGACCAAGGACACACUAAUCGAACUAUGAACUAUGAGGCUUUACCCCAGGAGGUGGUUGCUGCCGCCCCCUUCCGCAGGCCUGGAUCUCCCCACCAUAGGGGUCGGGCUCCAUUUUUAGGAUUCGCCCAUUCCUAUCUCUUCCUUCCCAACCACUCAAUUAAUCUUUCCUUGCCUGAGACCAGUUGGAAGCACUGGAGAGCAGGGAGGAGAGGGGAAGGGUCAGACUGGGCUGCCAGAUUCCAGUCUCCUGUGCACUGAGGGCCAGACAUCAUGAGAAGGCCUCGGAGGCUGAGAACUCACUGCUGAAGACAGACACGGACACUCCUGCCCUGCUGUGUAUAGAUGGAAGAUAUUUAUAUAUUUUUUGGUUGUCAAUAUUAAAUACAGACACUAAGUUAUAGUAUAUCUGGACAAACCCACUUGUAAAUACACCAACAUACUCCUGUAACUUUACCUAAGCAGAUAUAAAUGGCUGGUUUUUAGAAAUGUGGUUUCAAAAUGCUUGUGGAUUGGGGCCAGCCAGGUUUGGAUGGAAGUGAGAGGGAGGCAAAGCAUAGUUAUAACCAUGCAGUGGCUUUGGACUUUUUGGCGCAGGAUCCUGUCAGUUCUAAGCACCUGUUCAACGUCCUUUAAUUGCUCAAAAAUCUGUAUGACCUCUGACCCAGAAGAAAACCCAAGUUCUCUGUCCUGGCAGUCAGCAUUUUCAUCAUGUUAUUUUCAGACUGAUAACUCCUAGUCCUGAUACUCAAGCUUGAACAUCUUGAAAGUGAAGAUAGGUGUCUUACCUGACAGGCUUCAAGAAGUUUAAAAUGGAUGCAAUCUCAACCACCCCACCCCACCCUAGCCACGCUUUUAGCGUAUUUUACAACUCUUUCCUGUCUCCUUUUCCCCCAAACAAAAUGAGCUGUUUACACUGCCA